CGAAACUCGGGCGAGAGGAGGCGAGAGUCGAAAAGGAGGGGAGAUUUCUCGCCUGCCGCUCGCGCUGGGGCUCGAUGUGAAUAUAUAUUAUGUCUGCCUGUUCUCCCCUCGUCGGUGGCUAAGCAGGCCCAGACGAGCGAUUGGCCAAGGCCGGUCCCGUGACCACGAAUUCCCUGCAAUUUCGUCGGAGUCCUGGGUUUAAUAGAGAGAGUCCCCAUACGCUUGUAUUUAUCAGCAAUAUACAAUUAUAAAGGCCCAAAUUUUAAAAAAAGAAAGAGAGAAAUCUCCCCCUCCCAAAAUCGCUCCAUCCUAUAAACCUGGGGGGGGCAGGAGGGGGGGUCCCUUCCGAUCCUCCCUCCUGACGCCCCCCCCAGCAGGUCCCCUCCCCCACCAUUGAAAGCCAUGAAUUUUGAAUUUGAGAGGGAGAUUGGGUUUAUAAACAGCCAGCCAUCGCUCGCCGAGUGUCUGACUUCCUUCCCCGCUGUCUUGGAGACAUUUCAAACUUCAUCAAUCAAGGAGUCGACAUUAAUUCCUCCUCCUCCUCCUUUCGAGCAAAUCUUCCCCAGCCUCCAGCCCGGCGCCUCCACCCUUCAGAGACCCGGGAGCCAAAAGCAAGCCGAAGAUGGGCCUGCUCUGCUGCCACCGCCGCCGCUCCCCACCGCCCCCCCGGCCCCCGAGUUCCCCUGGAUGAAAGAGAAGAAAUCCGCCAAGAAACCCAGCCAAUCCGCCACGUCUCCUUCCCCGGCCGCCUCCUCCGUCCCGGCCUCGGGGGUCGGAUCGCCUGCAGAUGGCCCGGGACUGCCCGAGGCGGGCGGUGGCGGGGCGCGCAGGCUGCGCACCGCCUACACCAACACGCAGCUGCUGGAGCUGGAGAAAGAAUUUCACUUUAACAAGUACCUGUGCCGGCCUCGUCGGGUCGAGAUCGCGGCCUUGCUGGACCUCACCGAAAGGCAGGUCAAAGUCUGGUUCCAGAACCGGCGCAUGAAGCACAAGAGGCAGACGCAGCACCGAGAACCGCUGGACGGGGAGUCAGCCUGCCCGGGUGUCCUAGAGGAAACUGGCGACCUAGCUGAGGAGCCAGCGGCCAGCCCGGGCGGCCCCUCCGUUUCUCGUGUGGUGCGGGAAGCCUGCCUUUACCCCGCUGAAGUUGUGCCGGGGCCCCCAGGCCCUGAGCCUUUGGCAGCUCACUUGGAGGGUGCGGGUGCGCGGAGCCCGGACUGCGCCCUGCGCAGAGCGGGAGGCCUGGAGCCGGAGUCAUUGCCAGAAGACGCCUUUCCGGAGCGGCAGGAUUCGCCUUUCCUGCCAGACCUCAACUUCUUUGCCGCCGACUCUUGUCUCCAGCUGUCCGGAGGCCUUUCCCCCAACCUACAGGGCUCGCUCGACAGCCCAAUCCCUUUUUCCGAGGAAGAGCUGGACUUCUUCACGAGCACGCUUUGUGCCAUCGACCUGCAGUUUCCCUAAACCGUUUCCUUUCCUGACCCUUUUCGCCCCCCGCCCUCCACUGCGUCUGUUGGAAAAAUCGAGCUUCCUCCACCCCCGGUCGCAUUUACUUAUGUGUUUUGCUAAAAUUCAGGUAUUAUCAAAUUAGCAUUUAAUCUACUCCCUUUUCUUUUUGUUCCUUUUUAAAAUCACACAGAAAAACUCCGUUUGUUAGACUACUUCCAACGAAAUCUCAGGAAUAAUUAAACUCCAGGGGGGCUUUCUUAAAAGGAACUAGAGGGACCUAUUUUCCUCCCUUUUUUUAAGUUUUAGACUGUAGUUUAUUUAUUAAAAUUCUUUAAUAAUAGGAAAAGGGGAAAGUAUUUAUUGUACAUUAUUUUCAUAGAUUAAAUAAAAUGUCUUUAUAAUACGAAAACGAGUGUUUGUGUUGGGACCCAGCCCUUUCCCGGUCCCCAAGGCCUCGUCUCACUUCUCCAGGACCCAUUUGAGGUUGGUCUGGUUCAGCGGCCCAAGCUUCGGCAAAGCCCGGGGGCUGGCAAAGUCCGGGUGGUACAAAGGUAGCUCCAUUUGUUGGCCACUUCUUGGCCUGAGAUUCCAGGAUGAGUUCGGGGUUUACUGGAAGCUUGGUUACCUUCUUGUCUCCAAACCGACAAGGUCCUGCAUGGAUGUUCCCUAUGCCUCUGCUUAGAAAUAAAAGUGGACGGGUGGAGAGAGAGGGUGUGCUGUGAACAGAAGAGGAUGCAAGGAGAGGAAGCCUCGGGGACAGGCCUCAGGGUUGUUGGAGAAGCAGAGGUUUUGCUUAAUUAGGAGGGGUCCAAGAGCUUCCCAGAUUCGGUGCCCUAAGCCGGUGGAGGGACUUUAUUGGGAACUUCAGAAGCCUGGGAACCGGAGGCCUGGGAUGUGGAGCCGGACUUCCUAGGGGCUGUAGGUUACCAAAGAGUGGAGAAGGAGUCGGGGUUUUCCUUGAGAAGCAGGCCUGUUGUCCAGAAAUGGUAACAACUGGCCUCCAAGUGGGUGAGAAAAGAGGCCGGCUGAGAAAUGUAGCGCGGCCGAAUACCGAUGUUCCUAGGUCUGCGCUGUCAACCCGGGCUCCUGGGAAUGGGAGAGCAUCUUAGGAGCAGCGGGGCGACAGGCCCGGGCAGCAUCAGAAGGCGUUCAGGGAAGAAAGGAGCAGCCAGGAGAGUGGGAGGGAGAUGGGGAAGCAAGGAAGAUGCUCAAAAUGGCGCUGGAGCCAGGCAGCGGAAAGGACGAGGGAAGAGACUGAGGCGGCCAUGACAGCCGCUGCGGGACGCGCGGGGGUCCGGCCCGGGUCUGCCCCCACCUUCUCCCUGCGGGAGCUUCCAGACCAGAGGGAAGAACAGAGACCUGGGAACCGUCUGUUUUUUUUUUUUUUUUUUUUUUUUUUUUUGUUUUUUUUUGUUUUGUUUUGUUUUAAUGAGUCCAACGGAUGCUGAGGGCCAUACUGAUGGAAGGAGAAUCCGCGUGGAUGUGGGAAGAGGGAGGUCUUGGGGCCCGGGUCUGCCUAGCUUUGUGUGAAUUUUGAUCAUUCGCUCUGGGAUUUGAAGCGCGGCCAGAGCUUUCUCCAAAUGCAGACCCACCUGUCUUGGCCAACAACUUCAUUUAGCUUCUCAACACCACUUCCUACACCCCCGCCCCCUACCCCCGUACACCGCGCCCUUCCUUGCUCCUUGUAAAGCUGGUGAGCGCGCUGCAAGGAUCGAUCUCUCCCAUCUGCUUCCUGGUUUGUUCUCGCGAACAUAGAGAUUUAAAGGACCCUGGAAAGCCAUUCAUCCUCCUUCGGUUUAUUUAAUAUUUCUCCGGCUCAGAAACAGACACCGUGGGGCUACCUCCCUGGCAGAUGCUGCAGUUCUCUGAAAGCAGUUCAUUUCCUGGGCCUCUCAGACUUUCCCCUGGACCAGCAGGACGGGGACUUGGAGUACCAGGCACUGAGAGGCAGCAAGUGCCAGGAUAAGCCAGGAGACAGCCUAGGUCCUGACAUAUAGGACUAGGCAGGCCCAAUGAGUUUCUUUAACCGGCCCCUCAGUGCAGGAAGUACACAUAUUUUAUUCAGCUGGAAUUUAAUCCCUUAAACUGUCUUAAUAUAGAAUUCAUCUCGUGCAUUAAAUAAUCUUAUGUCAUGUUAAAUUGCACUUAUUUCUUUCAUAAAUAAAUUAAUAUAGAACAAUUAGAUGUGUUAUUGUAAUAAUAUCAUGUAUCUUAUUAGUUUAUUUUCCCUCAUAAAAUAUAUAGGUAUGAAAUAAAUUCAAUAUAUUAAAGUAAUAAUACACAG